ACCCCAGCCCCCUUCUCUCCCAGGGAGCCCAGGCAUCUGCUCCCCCAGCCUGAAAGUGGCUUUAUUGACCCCAGUGGGAUUAUUUCUAAUCCUGGAUAAUCUGGUGUAAAUUGACCCUCACCCCCCCCCCUCCUCUCGCCCCCGCAGGAUCUACAGUGGGGGUUGUUGGGUUCCCUGCCUAGCCCCCCCUUCCCCCCCCCCCAAAUCCUGGCUAUCAGGGUUGCAAACUUCCCCCCCCAACAGUGCCCUGAAUCUUGGGGGCUGUGAGCUUCUCUCCAACUGGUGCCUGUGAGUUGUGAGCUCCAGUGUUUUGAGCCUUGGAGGUUGUGACCUUCACCUGCAACAGUGCCCCAUCAGUGCUGUGUGUUCUUAACAGUGCCCUGGUGUUGUGGAUGACUUCUCAAUGGUGCCCUCAACCCUGGGGGCUAGUAGCUUGCCUCCUACAGGACCAUGAGCCCUAGGAAGUGUGAGCUCCACACCCCCAUCGCCCUAGUCCCCUGAAGCUGUGAGCUUCCCCCCAGCAGUGCCCUGAGCCCCAAGGGAUGCAAGCUUCUCUCUGACAGGGCCCUGGAGCUGUAAGCUUCCCACACAACAGUACCCUGAGUCCUCCUGCUGAGCUCUCUGGGGGCUGUGAGCUUCCCUUCCCCCUACCGUGGCUUGGAGGCUGUGAGCUUCCCCUCCAACAGUGCCCAGAAGAGCAGGGGCAAGCUUCUCCCUAACACUGCCCUGAGCCCUGCUGUUAAGAGCUCCCUGGGGGCUGUGAGCUUUCCCCCUCAGCAGUGCCCCAGUGCUGUGACCAUCCCUCCAUGGUGCCCUGAGCCCUGGGGGCUGCGAGUUUUGCCCCCCAGCAGUGUCUGGGAGUCCUGCCCCCUCCCUUUCCUUCCCCCAGGCUGCGAGCUUCCUCUGCAGUGUCCUUACCCCUCCCACUCCCCGUUGCCAGGCAGCGGCAGCUCAUCGCCGUGCAGCUGGCACCGCCCCCUCCCCUCCUGUCCUCCCCCUCCCACCCCUGGAACAGCCCAUUCUACACUGGGGGGACCCCCUUUUUUUGCAUUGACUCCGCCCCCAUUGCACCCCCCCACCCCGUUGCAUCCUCACCGGAAGAUCCCCCCCUCCCCCUCCGCUUCCGGGGACCCCCCCCACGCGAAGCCGCCUCCACGCAGCCCCCCCCUCCCAGGGCCGGCCAGUGCCCCUCGCUCCCGACCUGCAGCCCCCCACCCCCAUGGGGCGGCGCCGCCGCCGCGCGUGGGGCCCCCACGCGUGACCCCCCCGCCUCAGAGGGGGGGGGUCCUCUGGCUACUGCCCCCCCCCCCACGGGCCUGGAGCUGCAUCGUAGCCGCGGAGCCGGCCAGGGAGCCGGAACCGCUGCCGCGCCCGCCCCCCCCCACAGCCCCCCACGCGUGGAUGCUCCCCCCCCCCAGCCGGAGCCAAGGGGGGGGGCGGGGGCGCCGGAGCGGGGCCCCCCGCACGGGGCCCGGAUUGCGUGGUGGCGCAGGGGCCACAGCCGAGCCUUCCCCAUGAGGAGGGGAGGAAGAUGCCGGCUCUGCCCCCACUGUUGCUGCUGCUGAUUGUCGCCUUUGUACCCCGAAGCCUACAGGUCCUCUCGUCUCUGCGCAUGGCAGCCAUCCUGGAUGACCAGACAGUGUGUGGGCGUGGGGAGCGCCUGGCCCUGGCCCUGGCCCGGGAGCACAUCAACAGCAUCAUCGAGGUCCCAGCCAAGGCUCGUGUGGAGGUUGACAUCUUCGAGCUGCAGCGGGACAGCCAGUACGAGACCACCGACACUAUGUGCCAGAUCCUGCCCAAGGGUGUCGUCUCGGUGCUGGGCCCUGCGUCCAGCCCAGCCUCGGCCUCCACUGUCAGUCACAUCUGUGGGGAGAAGGAGAUCCCACACAUCAAGGUGGGUCCAGAGGAGACCCCACGCCUGCAGUACCUGCGCUUUGCCGCUGUCAGCCUCUACCCCAGCAACGAGGACCUGAGCCUGGCUGUGGCCCGGGUGCUUCAGGCUUUCCACACGCCUGCUGCCAGCCUGCUCUGCGCCAAGGCCGAGUGCCUGCUGCGAUUGGAGGAGCUGGUGCGGCAGUUCCUGAUCUCCAAGGAGACGCUGUCCAUCCGGAUGCUGGACGAGAGCCAGGACCCAACACCGCUGCUCAAGGAGAUCCGGGACGACAAGGUCUCCACCAUCAUCAUCGACGCCAACGCCUCCGUCUCCUGCCUCAUCCUCAAGAAGGCGUCAGAGCUCGGCAUGACAUCGGCCUUCUACAAGUAUAUCCUGACCACCAUGGACUUCCCCACGCUGCAUCUGGAUGGCAUCGUGGAUGAAAACUCCAAUGUCUUGGGCUUCUCCAUGUUCAACACCAGCCACCCCUUCUACCUGGAGUUCGUUCGCAGCCUCAACAUGUCCUGGCGUGAGAACUGCGAGCUCAGCCCCUACCCCGGCCCUGCGCUCUCGGCGGCGCUGAUGUUCGACGCAGUGCACGUGGUGGUGGGCGCCGUGCGGGAACUGAACCGCAGCCAGGAAAUCGGCGUGCGUCAACUUGCCUGUGCCUCCGCCAGCAUCUGGCAGCAUGGCACCAGCCUCAUGAACUACCUCCGCAUGGUAGAGUAUGACGGGCUGACGGGGCGUGUGGAGUUCAACAGCAAGGGGCAGCGCACCAACUACACCCUGCGCGUGCUGGAGAAAGCACCCGAUGGGCACCGCGAGGUGGGCGUGUGGUACUCGAACCGGACGCUGGCCAUGAAUGCCACCUCGCUUGCCCUGGAUGCCCCUGACACCCUGGCCAACAAGACCCUCGUUGUCACCACCAUCCUGGAGAACCCGUACGUGAUGCGGCGGGCGGGCGCGGGCACCGAGUACGAGGGCUUCUGCGUGGACAUGCUGCGUGAGCUCGCCGACAUCCUCAAGUUCCGCUUCCACAUCCGCCUGGUGGAGGACGGGCUCUAUGGCGCCCCUGAGCCCAACGGCUCCUGGACCGGCAUGGUGGGCGAGCUCAUCAACCGGAAAGCUGACCUGGCGGUGGCGGCCUUCACCAUCACAGCCGAGCGCGAGAAAGUCAUCGACUUCUCCAAGCCCUUCAUGACUCUUGGCAUCAGCAUCCUCUACCGCGUGCACCUGGGCCGCAAGCCAGGGUACUUCUCCUUCCUGGACCCCUUCUCCCCGGCCGUCUGGCUCUUCAUGCUCCUGGCCUACCUGGCCGUCAGUUGCGUCCUCUUCCUCGCCGCCAGGCUGAGCCCGUACGAGUGGUACAACCCUCACCCCUGCCUGCGGGAGCGACCGCACGUACUGGAGAACCAGUACACGCUGGGCAACAGCCUCUGGUUCCCCGUGGGCGGCUUCAUGCAGCAGGGCUCAGAGAUCAUGCCCCGCGCCCUGUCCACGCGAUGUGUCAGCGGGGUCUGGUGGGCCUUCACGCUCAUCAUCAUCUCGUCCUACACGGCCAACCUGGCCGCCUUCCUCACGGUGCAGCGCAUGGAGGUGCCCGUGGAGUCGGCUGACGACCUGGCCGACCAGACCAACAUCGAGUAUGGCACCAUCCACGCUGGUUCCACCAUGACCUUCUUCCAGAACUCACGGUACCAGACCUACCAGCGCAUGUGGAACUACAUGCAGUCCAAGCAGCCAAGCGUGUUUGUGAAGAGCACGGAGGAGGGGGUGGCCCGGGUGCUCAGCUCACGCUAUGCCUUCCUGCUGGAGUCCACCAUGAAUGAGUACCACCGGCGCCGCAACUGCAACCUCACGCAGGUCGGCGGCCUGCUCGACACCAAGGGCUACGGCAUCGGCAUGCCCCUCGGAUCCCCGUUCCGGGAUGAGAUCACGCUGGCCAUCCUGCAGCUGCAGGAGAACAACCGGCUCGAGAUCCUCAAGCGCAAGUGGUGGGAGGGCAGCCACUGCCCCAAGGAGGAGGACCAUCGUGCCAAGGGCCUGGGCAUGGAGAACAUUGGGGGCAUCUUUGUGGUGCUUGUCUGCGGCCUCCUCAUCGCCGUCUUCGUAGCCGUCAUGGAGUUCGUGUGGGCUACGCGCCGCUCCGCUGAGACCCAGGAGGUCUCGCUGUGCCAGGAGAUGCUGCGGGAGCUGCGUGGCGCUGUGUCCUGCCGGAAACCACCACGGGCCCGUGCCCGGCGCCGUCCCCGCCGCACACCUGUGCCGCCCGCACCCACGCCCACGCGGGGUGCCCCCCGGCCCCCCCGUGAUGCCCGCCUCAGCAAUGGGAAGCUGUACCCAGGCAGUGGGACCCAGGCAUCGGAGCCAGGCCCCGCCCCCCCCUGUGCCCAUGUGCGGAUCUGCCAUGAAUGUCGCCGCAUCCAGUCGCUGCGGGCCCCACCGCCCCCGCCUGUGCGUGGGGGGGCCGACGAUGCCCCAUCUCCCCCGGACUGACCCUACCCCAUGGUGCCCAGGACACGCCCCCUGCCCCCAGGCCCCGCCCAUGCACCGCUGUGCCUCAUGGACCCGUCCCACACGCCGCCCCCCACGCGCAGCCCGGGGGGCAGGGCUGCCCCGGGGUGGGGGCAAGGAUGAGGCCGCAGCGGGGGGAGGGGGGGUGGAUGCGUGGGGGAGGGUGUGGGGCCUGCCCCUUUUAGGGCUUUGUGUUCUUUUUUUUUUGUCGGAGGGGGAAAAGUACUGUCCCCCCCCCAAUAAAGAGCGAAGCGGAGACUUUUA